CCCCCCGACCCCCCUCUCUCCAGCCGAGAUGCAUUGUGGGGAAAGUCGUUGCCAUUCGACCUCUGCAGGGCCUGCGCGGACGCAGCCAGAACCCUGAAAUUCAUUAUGCCUUUAAAACCCCUAUUUAUUUCCGCAUAACCUACAUACUCUCGCCAGGAGGCCAAAGCGAAAAACGAUCAUCUCGAUGCGGGGUAUUUAUUUCUAAACAGCAACAGAAUUGAUCGCGAGCGGUUAGUAAAGACAAUUCGUUAAGGAAAAGAAGUAGAUUGUAAUUUAUUAAGAAAAACAUGUCUGGAGAGCGAAACCGCAGGUCGCUGGCUUUUCGAGGAGGUGGAUUAGCCGCGACCGGCUCCAGUGGCGUCCGAGGCAGCAACGGCGACAGCUGCGAGGCCCAGGCCUGGACAGACCGACACUUCAACGGUAACAGGCCAGAUCAAGACGACGACGACAGGGAUUUGGGGGCAAAAAAAGGACCAUCGCCCGGGCAAGUGGAGGGCGGGGGGUCGGUCAGCGACAGCACAGAACCGGAGGCUGAGGAGGAGGAAGACCCGGAAGGGAGCAAGCGGACGGCCGAGAGAGACGCUGUCAACAACAGCGGCUGGACCGCCGUGACGUCUGGAGAAAGGGCCGAAAGCAGCUGGACCACCGGGAACGGAAUGAACGGCGACGGCGGAGCCGCGGGAUCGGAGGACGAGCGAGGCGCGGCGGCGCGCGACGGAGACGCCAGAAAGCCCUGGGUGGAGAUGAGACCUCAGACGCUGCUUCAGAAACACUCGCUUUUCCAAGGCUCCUGGCUCCAGGAGUUUCCCUGGCUCAAAUUCUGUCAAGCAACGGGACUCAUGUCUUGUUCGUGGUGUCACAACAUCGCCACCAACAACAGCGACGAGCUGGUAAAAGGCAGCCGGAAUUAUAAGCGCGCUCUGCUGCUGAGACAUCACCUGUCCUCCGAGCACGGCCGGAACGACCCGACCAAACAGGAACCCGAGAGGCUAGAAGACACAGAGGGCACUGAGGUGGAGGACUACAGAAACAAGCCAAAUGAGAAUUCCUACUGCUACCAACUGCUCCAGGAGCUGGACAAGCAGCGCAAGAGUGGCAUCCUGUGUGACGUGAGCAUUGUGGUUUGCGGUCAGGUCUUCCGCGCACACAAGAACAUCUUGGUGGCAGGAAGCCGCUAUUUCAAGACCCUCUACUGCUUGACAAAGAGUGAAAACCUGGACCAGACCACAGUCACACACCUAGAUGUUGCUGCCGUGCAGGGAUUCUCAGUCAUCCUGGAUUUCCUGUACUCGGGCAACUUACUGCUCACAAGCCAGAAUGCCAUUGAGGUGAUGUCAGUGGCCAGCUACUUGCAGAUGAGUGAGGUUGUGCAGUCAUGCCGUGCUUUUAUCAAAGAUGCUCUAAACAUCAGCAUCAAGCAGGAAGCACCUGACUCUGUGCUGGUAGACUACAACAAGCGGCGUGCUGUGCCCAAAGAUGACAAGAAGCCUGGCAAUUUCUGGGCCACCAGCAUCCUGUCCAAGCUGUCAAUUAAGGCCAGUGGUCAGGUGAAGGAGGAGCCGAGCGAUGCAGCUGUGCCAAUGCUAGGUACCUCAGCCUGGGGCGGUGAAAACUCUGUGGAGUCCGGGGAGAUGCAGACGCAAGGAUCAGCGCCUGUGUUCGUCUGGAAUGAGUUGCCCCCGGGUGCAGGGGCUGCCAUGAAGACCGAGGAGCGGCAUGAACCAGGCAGUGGCAGGCGGAAAAAACAGAUUGCCAGGCGCUUUGUCUACAACAUCCCACCUGAGCCAGAGGAAGGCUUUGAUGAGGGCAUGUUCAUUCAGCCGUCAGCAUCCUACACCAGAGAUGACUACUCUUAUCUCUCAGAGAAAACAGGUGAAACGUCCGACACUGCUCUGAAUAAGCUCAAGUGUCCCCACUGUAACUACAUAGCCAAGCACCGACGAACACUAAAGCGGCAUCUGAUCAUCCACUCGGGUGUGCGCUCCUUCAGCUGCGACAUCUGCGGCAAGCUCUUCACCCGCCGAGAGCACGUCAAGAGACAUUCCCUGGUGCACAAGAAAGAUAAGAAGUACAAGUGUAUGGUGUGUAAGAAGAUCUUCAUGCUGGCGGCGAGCGUGGGGAUCCGUCAUGGCUCUCGGCGCUACGGUGUGUGUGUGGACUGUGCUGACUCGCACCAGGCCACACAAGAAGGGCUGGAGGCCAUGCAGGAGCUGGAGUUCAGCCGCGAUGAAGACUUCGAGGAGAAUGCCGAGGGAGAGGAGGACAUGGGGGAGGAGGCAGACGCUGAGGAGCCCAAUGACAACGACCAAUCCAACUACGAGGGUGACGCAGGUGCCACCCCCGAGGAGGACUAAUGUCAAUGUAACUUCAAAAAAAAAAAAAAAAAAGCUGGGAAACAAUCAACAACUCCAAAGUGCUAUCAAACCUCACGGUUGCACAGUAGUGUGUAUGUCUAAAAGAAGCGUUUGGUAGAUAGGGACUUGAAGAUGUAAAGAUUAUGCGUGUGACAGAGUCUAGGCCUGCUGCCUGUUAGAGAAAGAGAUACAAUGAUGAUAUAUGAAAAAUCAGGUUUUUAAGUGAUGUAUUUUUUUCUUCUUCUUCUUUACUAGGGUCUGAUGGUGUACAGUGUUUUAAGUUUUACGAUAGGCCAAUCAUCCUAAAGAUAUUAUUUAAUUUAUGAAAAAAGUUAAUAUGGUCUUAUUAAAAUGCUAUAACUUUUGUUUUUUUUUUUUUGUUUUUUUCCAUGUCUGAUGUGAGAGGUUCCGUUUUAGGCUGCGCUUCCUGGCAAGUCUUUUCCGCGACUUAUGACUGUCCUGACUUUAAUGACAGCUUUGGAGAUGUUGCCUACAGGAAGAUUUUAUUUCCAUUCAAGUUAUGUAGAUAUGUUUAGUUAUCAUAAAAGGUCUACGAGCUAUAUUUCCUUUCCUUUUUUCUUUUUUUUUUCCUGCACAAAUCUUGGAACCAAAAAAAUCUGUUUUGUGACUCUAAUAGACCACAGCCAUAUUUAUGAUUAAGUUAUAUUGGGGCUGUGCCAUUGUGCCAAGCAGAACGCACACCGAGAUUUGGCAGGAGGCGAACUACUGAAAAUGCUGAGAGUAAACAUAAAGCAGAGAAAAAAAAAGUUUAAAAAAAAUAAAUAAAUAAAAAGAAAAGUAUAAUGGGAAUAUAUUAUUGCUAGCUUUAUAUGAAUCACAGCAUCACCGUAACACUUUAUAGAGCAUUUUGACAUUCACUUAAAGCUUGAAUUUUGCCAAAUGACGGAAACGUUUGGUGCUGUAAUGCUUGUUUUUGAAAUACUGGACCUAAAAGCUGUAUAUGAUAUUAAUAAUCGUAAAGCCUACUCAACUCAGAUAUUUUAAUCAGCUCUGUAUGUAACACUGUUGUGCUAAAGAGCCGAUCAGGUAUGCUUUGCCAUUGUUUGUUUGUUUUGUUUUGUUUUUUCUCUUUUAUUUUUUAAUUUAAUGCACAUGCACACACAUACAUACCAUUUUUAUUUUAUUGAAUUUUAUUUUUUAAUCUAAUCUACCGGCAGUACAUUAACAAUGACCCAAAGUUUAGGACCUUCCUGAUUCGGUGUGAUGAGGUACUGAGCAUACUGAUAAUCACUUGAAUGAUGUGUGUGUGUGGAUGUGUGUGUAAGGUAAUUGUGAAGAAUGCUGAUUGGUUGAGAUGUAUGAAGACGUGCAAAAAAAACAACCCAUACUAUUUACAAUGAGUUUUUAUGACGUGUCGUAUUUGUCUGCCGAGAAAGAAACACUUUGGUCAUGCUAAUGUAAAGUGGAGCUCUAUGGAGAGUCAUAGUCAUGCACUUACUACUUUACAUUUUUGUUUGUUUUUUUUGGUUUUGUUUUGUUUAUUUCCCCAAAGCCGGUCUGGAUGGAAAUAAAAGAAAACUCUUUUGUCCAUGUGCAAAUUUUUAUUUUUAUUUUAUUUUUUUUCUUUUGACAUUUCAUUAUUUAAUAUUUUAUAUAUAUAUAUAUAUAUAUAUAUAUAUAUAUAUAUAUAUAUAUAUAUAUAUAUAUAGAUUCCAAAAUGCAAUCAAGACUGUUAAUUUCUAUUUGUCCUACCAAAAUCGUUGUUUAAUUAAUGUCGAAUUAAUGUAUGAGAAAGCCAGGUAACCUGUUUAGUGUAAAUCCUUGCUUGUGUGUAUGUAAUUGUCAGAUUUAAAUGUUUUUAUUCUACAAAAAAAAAAAAAAAAAAAUCAUUCACUUUACCCUAGAUGCAUAUAUUGUUUCUGGUUUUUAUUCCUUUCUAUGAUGUUUUCUUUUUUCUUUUAUUUCAUUUCGGUGUUUGUUUGUUUUUUAAUUCUAUUCCAUCAAACAGAUUUUAUAAGAAAUAUUUGUGGUUUGAAACCUAGGAACAGCAGUUUCUGGUCAUAUGCAGUGGAUAUAUUGAAGUGCUAUAAUGAUACAAAGUAUGUCUAUCUUUCCCUUUACUUCAGAUGAAAUGUGUAUUUUGAAAGCUCUGUAGAAGAUAUUCAUCCUGUUUGUAUUAUUUACCUUCAUUCACUGUGGGAGGGAUAUUUUAUAUAUAUAAUAUAUAGAUAUAUAUAUAGAUAUAAAUAAAUAUAUAGAUAGAUAUAUAUAUAUAUCUAUAGAUAUCUAUAGAUAUAUAGAUGAAGUAUAUGAGAUAUCUAUAUACACACACACGUCUAAAUAGAAAUUUAAGUUGAUUUGAAUUAUUGGAAGUUGGGCUUGGUUUCUGAUGUCUUUUCCUCCUCCAUUUUUUUUAUUUUUUUUCCUGUUCAUCUGUGUGCUUGUUCACCCACACACACACACACACACACACACACACACAGUUGCUUCUUUCACAUGAUGUCUGUGUUUCUGAUUAACUUAAGACGACUUCCUUCUUACGUUUUAUGCUAUAUGUGGGUAUAAUCAACAAAAAAAAAAAAAAGCAGAACACUACAGAUGAAGGGUUUUUCCAGCUGUAUUUUUUUAAAGCCGUUUCAAAGAUGUAUUUUUCAACGCUCUUACAGUGGAUGCAAACCGAGCCUCGGGGCUCUCCUCAUACACAAAGCAAAAUCAGGUUACUCUUUUUAUGUUUUGUUUUUCCUUCAAGGUUUUAAGAUGAAUACAUUCUCCUUUCUGUUUCAAUUGUACUACUGUUCCUCUAUAAUAAAUUUUAAAAUAAAACUUUGAUAUUGCUCUAGUGAG